GGCAAGAGUCUCUUCAGGACAGGACACAACUAGGUAAUACUGGCCAGGGAGACACUCAAGAUCCACUGAGAGGAGGAAAAGUGGGCGAUGUUGCAGCUAGGAUCUUGUUUAUGGACACCGUGGGAAGGCUGUAGAUACAGUCCAGAGGGCUUAUAGGUAAUUUCAAGCUGAAAGGUUGAGGUAGUCUCAUCGCCGCAGUAUUUUUAGAUCACUUCUGAAAGGAAUACAAAAAUGUCGUCUCCAAGUCCGGGCAAGAGGCGAAUGGAUACCGACGUGGUGAAACUCAUUGAGAGCAAGCAUGAGGUCACCAUCCUCAGUGGACUGAAUGAGUUUGUGGUCAAGUUCCACGGACCGCCUGGAACGGCGUACGAAGGAGGUGUGUGGAAGGUCCGAGUGGACCUACCGGAUAAAUACCCCUUCAAAUCACCAUCAAUAGGAUUCAUGAAUAAAAUCUUUCAUCCCAACAUUGAUGAAGCGUCAGGAACCGUGUGUUUAGAUGUUAUUAACCAGACAUGGACAGCUCUCUACGACCUGACCAACAUCUUUGAGUCGUUCCUCCCUCAGCUGCUCGCCUACCCCAACCCCAUCGACCCUCUGAACGGGGACGCAGCCGCCAUGUACCUGCACCGGCCGGAGGAUUAUAAACACAAGAUCAAAGAGUACAUCCAGAAGUACGCCACAGAGGAGGCUCUAAAGGAGCAGGAGGAGGGAGGGGGCGACUCCUCUUCUGAGAGCUCCAUGUCAGACUUUUCGGAGGACGAGGCUCAAGACAUGGAGUUGUAGUGAAUGGGGAGAUCCCGUCCCCUUCGCCUCACAACAGACUGUCAUUUCCUAAAGAGCAGAAACUCAGUACUAUAUUCAUAUUUAAACAAGACAAUUUUUUACAGCAACACAAGGAUUUUUAUUGCUACACGAGGAUUUGCAGUAUGAUAUUGCAGAAUAUUAACCCUUACUUAGGAAUUCAUGACCACCUGCCCCGUCGCCCUCCUCUUCACCCCCAAGAGCCUUUUAAAAUCAGAAAGGAGAUCAUCAGUCAUUUCCACAAUUUUCAGUGGCGUCGAUCGAGGCUUUCACACUGCUUGAAGUCCAGACUGAGCAUUGAGGCCGACGCAGGAGGAAGGAGGGCUCAAGUUUUUUUUUUUUUCUUGUCUUUAUUGGACACUUUACUCAACAUCGGACAUCUGACAGAGAACUGCAGCACGACAAUCCGCGAUUCCUGAGCGGUCCCAACUUUAAAAGAGCGUGGAUUCCCAUUUUUGUUUAACGUCACCUUUAUGUUUUUUUGACACUGCUGCCCUGAGGAGUCGCCAUUACAAUCAUCACUUCAGAGGAGCUGAAGGCCACAGUGCGGUCAUGUGUUCAUCGUGUACAGACUGGCGUGGCUGCAGACGGCCUCUCUGACUGGACAAACCUGCUGACACGUCACACACACACACACACACUGUCAAACUACCAAUGCAUCAACCAUGACAACGCCACAGCAUGUGUGUGUUUGUGUCUCUAGGUGUGUGUGUGUGUCUGUGUGUGUGCGUGUGUGUGCGUGUGUGUGCAUGCAUGAAUGUAAUCCAGGGAGAAUCAUGGCGUGUUACAAACCUGUGUUGAACUGACCCCUGAGCAGAAACCAUCAGAGAAGUCUCACAGUCCUGAUGCUUCUCCUCUUCAACACCCAUCUCCUCCUCUUCCUCCUCUCCGUUUUAGGAAAGUGUUUGUCAUUCUCUGAGUAUCUUUGUAUAUUGUGGCAUGACACAGACGUAAAGUUGUGUAGGGCUUUGUGGAGCUGUAGAAAUGGGGAGGAUGCCUGUGCGCCGGGCAGGUUCGGUGGAGAUUAUCCAGGUCCUUGUUGAAUUAUUGAACUUAUUAACUUUGCCUAUUGCUUGUGUUGAACUAUAAUAGGUGUUUGACUUGCGUAGGGAUAGUUAGUUUUUUUUGUUUUUGUUUUUGUUUUGUUUUUGCGGGUGGUGAAUCCUAUCAUAACGUAUUGUUUGAUACUUAUAUAAUACACUAGUUUUAAGACUAACUGUCCUGUAAAGAUGAGGAGAAUUAAUACAUCUCUGUCUGUGGGAUGACUCUUUGUUGAAUCAAAUCCUUCACAGACAUGUUGCACCCCUGCUCCACCUGCACCCCCUUCUUAUGCAAAUGUCUCCAUCAAAGAUGAUUUACGUCGUCAGACAGAAGUGCUCUUUGUUUCAGCCAUUCGACACAGUCGCAUUUACUUUGUCACGCUGUUGAAGGCCUGUUGCUUUUAAAAAUAGUGGGACCAAAUCUAAGGGAUCUACGAGCUUAGUUUCAGAACAAAAAUCCUCCUCAGACUGGAUUUGGGGAUAAAGAGUUUUCACCGAGGUGAGAAGAUAAAUGUUCCUCGAAGUGUCAAACACUAGAGUGGACGUCUCAGUUUAGACUAAAUUUAAAUUCAGACACAAGAGUUUAAAGCUUCAGUCCUGAUUUACCCCCUGAGAGAAGUUCAAGUUGUGUUAGCGCCUGUGCAGAGGAGGUGUUCACCAGAGCAGUGACAGUUUACUGUUAAAUUUCAUGAUGGUACACUGGUAUGUGUUUCAGCGCAGGCUUGAAUCUUGAUGCAUGUUUGUAACGUGCACUCAUUGCAGAUCAGGUUGUGUCCUGCAUUAUUUCUGGAAGGAAACAAAAAUGUAAAUCUUAGUUUAUCACCAUUAAAAUGGGCUAUUUCUUCUUCUUUGGAGAGAAAUUGAUUAUAAUCAAACAUUUAAUUGGUAGCCUACUCCAUUUAUACAUUUUUAAAGUGAUAUCAGGAUCUCUUUGAAAAGGCUUAACCUUCGUUUGAGAAUUAACACAAGUUGGUAAAACUAGCAUGUCGCAGUUUUUUGGACGAGAUGAAAAAAUGUAUUUGUUAAGCAGCCUUGUUAAAACGGCUCUAAUUAGCCUCGGUAACCAAAUAUAUGUUGUUGUAGGUCCAAGGACUACAUGAUGUCACAGUCAUUUGUCAUUUGCAACGAAAAACAAACCACUGUCCAGGCUGGAUCAUCUGGAUUCAUCAGUGUAUUCUGUAUUUUUUAUUAAUGAGACACAUAUAUUUGAUGCCUAUAAUUUUUUUGUUUGAAUGUUUUUAUUUUUGUCUUUUAAGCCCUGUUGUCCAGGAUACAAGUCGAGAUAUCCCUGAUUUUUAAAAAAGCAAAAAAUGAAUAAAUGUGCUUCCCUUGUAACUUGAAGAAAGAAAUAAACAAAACAAAAAAUAUA